CAGGCUUGGUUGAGCGCCAUGGUUCUUCAACAAUGAAAAGGUGCCUGUACCACGUUGUGCCAUAAAAAAGGGUCGUUGGCUUGACUACGGUCUCAUUUCCCGGGAGUCGUUGAAAAGUGUUACCGGUGCCCACAUAAAAGGAGACUUGGGAGCUACCACCUCGAAUACAGACUGCAUGCCAGCAUUCGUGUGUGCAUUUUUAUGGGCGGUUGUAAUUGACUGAAGUAUUGACGCCCCCUGUGGUGCGCUUUUGGUGUAUCUUACAGCGUUGUUAUCCUGGCUAUGUUCAUAUGACAACAGUGUAGAAUGGGACUGGAUAUUUAAAACGGACCAGCUGCUGCAAGCCGGACGAAAGGGAUGUGGAGAAAGUAACGUGAAACGCAGGAAACUGGAGUCCGCAGUGUCAGGACUGUCAAUUUUAUUUGAAUAUUCUGGAAUCCAGAGUGCUUUGUCAUUAUCGGUACCCAGCUUUUAGACUGACAGAAAAAUGCCAUUAGUGAAGAGAAACAUCGAACCACGGCACUUGUGUCACACAGCACUGCCCCAAGGCAUCAAGAAUGAACUGGAAUGCGUGACAAAUUUCUCACUGGCAAAUAUUAUAAGACAGCUUAGCAGUCUGAGUAAAUUUGCUGAAGACUUGUUUGGCGAGCUCUUCAAUGAAGCCCACUCCUUCUCAUUCCGUGUAAAUUCCCUCCAGGAAAGAGUGGAUCGCCUUUCUGUGAGUGUUACACAACUGGACCCUAAAGAAGAGGAGCUUUCCUUGCAGGACAUUACCAUGAGGAAAGCCUUCCGAAGUUCUACUAUCCAGGACCAGCAACUGUUUGAUCGCAGAACAUUGCCAAUUCCGUUACAGGAAACAUAUGACAUAUGUGAGCAGCCUCCUCCUCUAAACAUACUGACACCUUACAGGGAUGAUGGCAAGGAAGGUUUGAAAUUCUACACAAAUCCAUCUUAUUUCUUUGACUUGUGGAGGGAGAAGAUGUUGCAGGAUACUGAAGAUAAAAGAAAAGAGAAAAAAAAGCAAAAGCAGCUGGAACCUUUAUUUCAUGCCUACACUGAUGGCAUUACCUGUGUGAGCACAGUGGCAACACUUGGUGCUCUGGAGCUGAAAAAUAUAGAUCGUCCACAGGAGCCUGAGAAGAUCCCCAGAGCUCCACAUGACAGACGUAAGGAAUGGCAGAAGCUGGCCUUGGGUCCAGAGCUUGCUGAAGAUGAAUCAGAAAACCUGCUCAAGCAGAGGGAUCUUCCCAGUGGUGCUGCCACAUAUUGUGAUCCCAGGCAGCCUGUUUACAUGGAGCAUAUUGAUGGGCCCUUCUCACUGGCAGCUCUUCCUUACAGUCAGAUGAAUGAACUCCUCAACAGAACUGCAGACAGGAUGUAUAUAAGACCACAUGAACCCCCUCCACCUCCUCCAAUACAUGGAACUGGAGAUUUCAAAACACCAUCAGUUAUCAGCUCUAGUUCUGGGCUAACGGAUAGUCGCCCUCAGUCUCCAGCCAGGACACCAGUAUUUCUAAAUCCUUCUGCUCCUCCACCACCGCCACCUCCACUGCCUCCACCACCACCUCCUCUGCCAUCCACCAUCCCACCCUCUGGGCUACGGGGCACUCCUCCUCCUCCAGUGCCACCUCCUCCAACCAUGCAACCUCCAGCAAUCCCACCUCCCCCAGCCCCACUUCAAAUAGCUCCUGGUGUGCUUCACCCUGCACCUCCACCCAUUGCACCACCACUCACUCAGUCUGGCUCUCCUGCCCGACUUUCUCAUAUUCCAGAGAAAGUGCUUCCUCAUCCUCCACAGAAUGAAAGCCAGACACUUCCUCCUCCACCACCACCACCUCCUCUACCCUUGCCAGGACUUAGGUCUGCUUCCCCUGCUGCAGCUCCUGCACCCCCUGGUCCCCCUCCUGUGCCUUCCUUUUUGUCAACUGCUGCCCCAUCACCUCCAUCCCAUGUUCCCCAUGGCCCAGAAUCCAAAAGGCAUCUUUCCACCCUUCCUGUUAUCAGUGACGCUCGAAGCGUGCUUCUGGAAGCAAUACGCAAAGGUAUUCAGCUUCGCAAAGUGGAAGAGCAACGAGAACAAGAGGCAAAACACGAGCGUGUGGGCAAUGAUGUGGCUACCAUUCUGUCACGCCGCAUUGCUGUGGAGUACAGUGACUCAGAAGAUGAUUCCGAAUUUGACGAAGUUGAUUGGCUCGAGUAAAUUGAUUUGUGAGACCUGUUGAAUGAGUAUUUUGGCUUUUUAAAAAAUUUUUUUAGUUUCUUAAUUUCCUGAUGUUUAUGCGGUCAUACAUUUGUGAUAAUUGUUUGGGGGAGGGUGGGAUUUGAAAGUCAUUUGCAGCUGUUUUGUACUCACUUUGUACACUACAUCUUGAAGGGUUUCUUAUUUUUUCAGUAUGAUCAAAUUCUCCUGAUACUUCAAGUAAAAUGGGACUGCUGCAUAGAAUUUCCAAGUAAACAAAAGAAGAAGGAAACAAAAUUUAUGCUUCAUUUUGUGAUGCCGGGAUUGGGGGUGGGGGAACAUCCAUGAAGUAUUAAGUAGAGAGUAGAGUUUUCACAAAGAUUGCUUCUUAGGUCAACAUUGCCACCUUCUGGCAUACAUAGAAUCAAAGCUUUCUUGUAUUUUUAAUGAGACCAGUUUUGAAUGGCUAACACUUUCUUGUAGGAAGAAUCAAGGAUUUAUUGUACCUGGAUGUUUAGCAUGAGCAGCUAACAUACAUAAUGUAUUGACUGGUUGUUCCAUUGUAUGCGCACUUUGUGAAUACUAAUUGAAGAAUCCAUUCAAGACUCCAGACCUUAAGGCGGCUUUUCAUAUCAUUUUUGUUGCUAAACAAUGUGAGCCUUACGCCCUUUUGAUACAAGCUCUCAUGCCACUGCAGACUUAAAAAGACAUACUGAGAGAGGAUGCCCUUGCUGACUGAAGGGGAUCAUCAUUGUUACUUUGAAAUAGAGUACUGUAAAAUGCCUUAUUUUUGGUUUUAUUUAAUUUUUUCUAUUUUUUUAUUUUUAUUUUUGUUCAUGAAUGUACUGUGUUGUUCUACGUUGCCUGCACUCUUGAGAACUAACUGUUUCUAUGUGGAAAAAAAUUUGAAUAUACUCUGUAACUUAUGUAACUGUUUAUUGUAACAGUUCGCUUGAUUUAAUAAAACCUAAUGUUAUGUUUAAA